AUGAAGCCACGACUCGAGAGAAUAUUAUGGAUAAACGCCAACUAUUCUUUCCUAUGGCUUCUGCUAAUUUCUGCACCUAUCAGGACUUUUGCUUGUACUGAAGGCGAGGUUUGCUCGGAGAGCUCGGCCACUAUUUGCAAGAAUAAUACAUGUACGUCCGUGUGUACGAUGAAAGGAAUGCUCGAAUGUCAAUGUGAUACUGAAGAGGAUAAUUAUUGUUAUCUUUGCUGUGGGAAUGAGCACUCACAAUGCUUGCCCGCUCAUGAGCACAAUAUUUUGAGGGCAAACGGAGAGCGAUGGGAAAGAGAAGCGUGUGCAAGGUGUAGAACGAAUGGAGCUGAAUUGGAAGGACUUCCUUGCGAUGACAACGAUCCGGCUCGACUGUGUUUAGCAGGAAAAUGCUCAAAUUCUGUUUGUGUCAACAAGCUUCCCGGGGCUUUCUGCGAUCGAAAAAUGGAAAAGAUUUGUGUGGAAGAGCAAUGCGAGAAUCCGUGUGCCCGUUUUGCACCGCAUUUGAUGGUCUGCGAUUGCUCAUCAAUCGACCAAGACACUGGUUUUGCUUCCGAGGAUCGUUGUCAACUUUGUUGCUACGAUUUUAAUUUGAAACCAGCGAAUCGUCGCUGCCAGAACGCGUAUCGAAAAUAUCGAAUAAUGGAUAAAAAGCAGAGACCGAUCUUCCGUGUUGGAAUUGAUUGUGCGGGUGGGAAAACGUGUAAUCGUUUUGGCGUCUGUGCAUCAUGUUCACUCAAAUUGUCGACGAUUUUAAUUGGAUUGAUUAUGCUAAGGAUAUGGAAUAGAAAU